AUGAAAUCAAAAAAACAUAUUAGAUCAUCUUCUACUCAAUUUGAAAUGUUGAUGUUGAAAUUUAAUUGGAGCAUGAAAAUGAAUGCGCUUCAAAAGAUAUUUGUUAAAAGAUGCAAAUAACCAUUAAACGAUCUCAAAAAUCACAACAAUGAUAGAUCAAUCAAAAGACAUGUUAGACAUUUAUCAGAUCAAGUUGAUGAAUCUAUGGAAUAACAUAAAUUAAUUGAAUUACUAAAACAUAGAAGAACUCCAACUGAUAAUUUUCAAAAGUGUGAUACUUCUGAUAUAACUCGAAUCUAUAGUAAUAGAAAACGAGAAGAAAAUUCUUUAUUCUUUUAACCUGAUGAGAAUACUAGAAUUAAUGAAUAAUUUUUAGCUCUAUUUAAGGAUCGAAAAGAUUAGACGUAUUUUGGCAUAUUGAGUAAAUAGCAUUCCAAUAUUAGCUCCAAGAACUUAAGUUGAAUAAGAGAAUCUCUAAAAAAUGUUGGAAUAUAAAAAACUGAAUUAAAAUGAUCUCUUUACUUUUAUUCAAUUGGUCAAGAAACCUCGAAUUGUUGUCGAAGAAGAAAAAAAAUCGUAAUUAUAGUCAAGCGUUAAUUUUAAACUCCUAAUUUUCUUAACACUAUUACUAUUAAUUGCAAUAACAUUUAUUUGA